CAGUUAUAUAGACCGGCGGCGGAGCACGCGUGUGUGCGGACGCAGUUGCGUGAGGGUUUUUUUCGUUCCUCCGAGCUGUGGAGCAAAGCUUGUUCCUCUCCCGCUCAGCCGCGCAGGUUGAAUUGACCAAAGCAAUGGUUAUGGAGAAGCCUAGUCCCCUGCUGGUCGGGCGGGAAUUCGUGAGACAGUACUACACGCUGCUGAACCAGGCCCCGGACAUGCUCCACAGAUUUUAUGGAAAGAACUCUUCUUAUGUCCAUGGGGGGCUGGAUUCAAAUGGAAAACCAGCGGAUGCAGUUUAUGGACAGAAAGAAAUCCACAGGAAAGUGAUGUCACAGAACUUCACCAAUUGCCACACCAAGAUUCGCCAUGUUGAUGCUCAUGCCACUCUGAAUGACGGUGUGGUGGUCCAGGUGAUGGGGUUGCUCUCUAAUAACAACCAGGCUUUGAGAAGAUUUAUGCAGACAUUUGUCCUUGCUCCUGAGGGCUCUGUGGCAAAUAAGUUCUACGUUCACAACGACAUCUUCAGGUACCAAGAUGAAGUCUUUGGUGGCUUCGUCACUGAGCCUCAGGAGGAGUCUGAAGAAGAAGUAGAGGAACCUGAGGAAAGACAGCAGACACCUGAGGUGGUACCUGAUGAUCCUGGAACUUUCUACGAUCAGCCUGUCAGCAAUGACUUGGAAGAACAUUUAGAGGAACCUGUUGCUGAAACAGAACCUGAACCAGAACCGGAACCGGAGCAAGAACCUGUAUCUGAAAUCCAAGAGGAAAAGUGUGAGCCAGUAUUGGAAGAAACUGCUCCCGAGGAUGCUCAGAAGAGUUCUUCCCCAGCACCUGCAGACAUAGCUCAGACGGUACAGGAAGACUUGAGGACGUUUUCCUGGGCAUCUGUGACCAGUAAGAACCUUCCACCCAGUGGGGCUGUUCCAGUUACUGGGAUACCACCUCAUGUUGUUAAAGUACCAGCUUCCCAGCCUCGCCCGGAGUCUAAGCCUGAAUCUCAGGCUCCACCGCAGAGGCCUCAGAGGGAUCAAAGGGUUAGAGAACAGCGGAUAAAUAUUCCUCCCCAGAGGGGACCUAGACCAGUCCGUGAGGCUGGUGAGCAAGGUGAUGCUGAGCCCCGGAGAGUUGUGAGACACCCUGACAGUCACCAGCUCUUCAUUGGCAAUCUGCCUCAUGAGGUGGAUAAAUCAGAGCUCAAAGACUUCUUUCAAAAUUACGGGAAUGUGGUGGAGCUGCGCAUUAACAGCGGUGGGAAAUUACCCAAUUUUGGUUUCGUUGUGUUUGAUGAUUCUGAGCCUGUUCAAAAGGUCCUUAGCAACAGGCCCAUCAUGUUCAGAGGUGAGGUCCGUCUGAAUGUGGAAGAGAAGAAGACUCGAGCUGCCCGAGAAGGGGACCGGCGAGACACCCGCCUGCGGGGACCCGGAGGCCCUCGAGGUGGGCUGGGCAGUGGAAUGAGAGGCCCUCCCCGCGGAGGCAUGGUGCAGAAACCGGGAUUUGGAGUGGGAAGGGCGAUUGCUCCAAGGCAGUGAAUUGUUCUUCAUUGGUCUUCAUGCAGCAGUACCAACUUCCGCUCCUGCAGAAUGGUGAAUUUCUUCAGCCACCCUUUGGUGUCUUGCAGUAUGACCCCAGUCUCUUAUAAACUGCUUAAGUUUGUACAAUUUUACCUUCUGUGUUAAUGGUGUGUCCCUCCCUCCCCCCCCCUCACCUUUUAGUCCUUCACUUCCAAUUUUGUGGAAUGAUAUUUUAGGAAAAAUGGAUUUUAAAAGAAGAAAAAAAAAAAGACUGGAUUUCCUGCUUUACUUUUGCAUAUAUAGACUGGAAUUUUUUUUUUUUAACAAACAGCCAUUUCCCCAAAGUAAUGUGUCUUGCUUAUUACUGACAUUUGGUAUGUUUUAUUCAUUGGGCUAUUUCUUAUUUCCUACGUGUUUCAAAGCCUUUGAGAAAUACAAGAUUGGGUGAACAUUCUGAAGGCAGGAAAAAGCCCAAUUGUUUCUUCUUAGGAGAGUCAUGACUACCUUCUGUGUGGAAAAGCUACCAUUGGAAAAAUUGACAAUUUUGAUUCUCUCUGGUAUGGUUAAAAACUGAAUAAAUGGUGUUAGUGAAGUUUUUUUCUUUUAAUAUAUGAUCACAAAACAAUUCUAAAAUCCACUGUUUUUACCUUGAAAUUUAAAUUGAGGUAGGUUUUAAAUGUCUAGCAUGCAACACAUGACACUGUUCUUGAGUUGUUAUGUUUUUCUGAAGUAGAGUUUUUUUCAUGUUUAAUUUGUAUUUGUAAAAACAAACAAAAUACCAAAACCACAGUCUGAAUAACACAAAACCAGAGCAAAACUGUUGUGCCUUCUAUUUAUCUUUGAUUCCAGCCUUGGCAAUUGUUUUAAAGAAGAAUAAUUAAAAAAGUUUAGAUUUGUUUUUUUUUUCCAGGUUCAGAAUAUGUUGGGAAUUGUAGAAUCCCUCUUUUCACUUUGUAUGUCCUCUUUUCAUUUGUUAUGUAUGCCUUAUUCUGAAAUUGAGUCUCAAACUGGAAUGCCUUUGAGGACAGAUGCUUCUAUAGAGGUCCUUUGACUUAAAUAGUUCGCAUUUUAUUUCGAUAUCUUCAGAAUUCUAAUCAGCCCAUAAGAAGGAAUAUGAUUUUAAUAUUGGACUUUGCUGAUGUGCUUGAGUGUUUGCUAGUCAUUUUUCUUUAAAUCAUAGCCAUAUGGUAAAUUUUCUAUUUUGUUAAUGGUUCUCUUUUAUUGAUGGGCAUGCAGUGGGUGCUUUUUGGAAAUGGCCAAUUUUUAUUAAAAUAUUUCUGGAAGAAAA